CGCUCCUCAGCCUCGGCUAUGACCUGAGUCCGGCACGCUCCGUCACCGUCGCCAAGAAGCUCGCCGGGUCAGAGCUGGGCUGGUGCGCCGGCGCGCAGCUCAUGGCGGUGAGUUGCGCCCGCUGCACAUCGGGAAUCGCUGCUCACUACCCUCCUCCGCAGCUCGACGAAGAGGGCCUGAUCUGCAGAGCAUGAGUCGGCGGCGGCGAUCACAUAGAUAGCAGCACAGCUCAAUGGAAUGCAGUCUCUUCUCGCUGCCGUGUCUCGCGCUGCGGCAGCGCUCGCGCAGCAUUGUGCGCUCUCCUUCUCGCGCGCUGCAGCAGCCCUCGCUUCACUCUUGGCAGCAGGCUGCGCAUCACCGGCAAUGUCUCUGCGCCGUUCGGCAAGAGAGAGCAUCAUGCGCGCGGAAUCUCUGACUCGAGCGCUUGCCAGAGCGACGUCAGGGCGUUGUUCUACGCGUGGGCACAGAACGGCACCCUGCCGCCGUUCUGCGCGCCGCGCGACGGCUGCGCGCGCCCCGAAACGCCCGCCGAGGCGCGCCCGCCGAGCUGCUGCGCCCGUCGCUUGGCCCCUGCCGCCUCACACCUCCGUCGUUGUCAACAAGAUACAAAGUACAAGGCGGAACAGUGGGUGGCUCAUAGUACAGAAGGUGCUCGACGCUGAUGCGGAGCGCGUGAUCAAGAGAAGACGUCGUGGGCUGAGCGGGCGCGGCGCGCUUGCGCGCAGGCGCUCGACGGCGCGCCCUGCGGCGCUGGUGCUACAGCGGCUGCUGCGCCGCACGCUUGGCGGGAGGAGAGGGCGUGGGUGAGGCACGUUCGGUGCGCUUGCGCGAAUCGCUCGAGUCGGGCACGGCCAU